AUGACUUCGUCCAUUACUACUAUUGCGCGCCGCGCAGAUAGCUUGCUGCCACCUCUUGCUCGCGCUGCUCACCAACUCGCGGUGCGUGACAGCAGCUGCGAGGAUGGCGACAACAGCCCCCGCUGCGAGAAGCCCUAUGCCUCGUCCAAAAUCAUUGGUAUCACCAUCGGCGUUACAAUGGGUGUCAUCGUCAUCGGUCUCGGAGGUGUCCUCACCUAUCUGCACAUGAGAAAGCAGCGCAUCGAUAAGAAGGAGGACGACAUCGACUUUGAGCUAGACGGUGAUGUCGACGACCACCCGACUAUGGGCAAGCCACCUGCCACUUGGCAGCGCAACGGCCAGCAAAGACAGGAAAACCCCUUCGAGCCGCAGCCGACGCAGCCGCAACAGAACCCAUUCGAGCCGGGCCGCCGGUAG